AUGAAUGUUCUACGGUGUAGUGGAAGCCUUGCGUGGGCUCUCCGCUCUUGUCAACGGCCGAGAGCCCUUGCGAGCGCAACACCUCUCCUUCCUCGUCGCCAUUUCCACGGAGCCGCGCCCUUGUGGGGGGUGAAGUCACAAGUGUUGAAGGACGUUGGAGAGGGGAUAACGGAGGUGCAGAUCAUCCAAUGGUACGUCGAAGAGGGGGCGCGUAUCGAGGAGUGGAAGCCUCUUUGUCAAUACCAAUCCGAUAAAGCAGUCGAUGAUAUUACGUCGCGAUAUGAAGGCGUGGUCAAGAAGCUCCACUUCCAGGCCGACGACACAGUUCCGACAGGAAAGGCGCUCUGCGACAUCGAAGUCGAAGAUGGAAAAUACCCCGAUGACAGUCCCCCGCCCAAGCCCGUUCCAGAGCCAAUGCAAACAGUCCCGACUCCAGCAAGCCCGCCACCCACGCAGCCUCAGCAAGCCCCUCCACCUUCACAGCCCCCAGUCACAACUACCACACAGAAAUCACCUCAUGCAAUGCUUGCGACUCCAGCAGUCCGAGGACUGCUCAAGACACUCAAUGUCAACAUCGAAGACGUCCAAGGCACAGGCAAGGGCGGCCGUGUCAUGAAAGAGGAUGUGCAGAGGUUUGCUGUAAUGCGAGACUCCGGAGCCACCACACGACCCGCUGCAGUGGAAAAAGCCCAAGCCGAAACAGCCAUCAAAUUAUCGCCAAUACAGUCACAGAUGUUCAAGACGAUGACCCGCUCACUCACCAUCCCUCACCUGCUAUUUGCGGAUGAGCUCAACAUUAAUGCUGUCAACUCCAUGCGACGGAAGCUGGCAGCUGAUUCAAAGGACCCAAAGAAGAUAACCUUCCUGUCAUUCGUCGUGAAGGCUGUGUCUCUUGCACUCGACGAGUACCCUCUCCUCAAUGCAAGGGUCGACGCAACCAAUCCAGAGAAGCCGCAACUCAUCAUGCGCUCGAAACACAACAUCGGCAUCGCGAUGGACACACCUCAAGGGCUGAUCGUCCCCAACGUCAAAGAUGUCGCCAAUCGCUCCAUCCUGGACGUCGCUUCGGAGCUGACCCGGCUCAGUGCCCUGGGGAGGGAAGGGAAAAUCACGCCUGCUGACCUCAGCGGCGGAACUAUUACCGUCUCUAAUAUUGGGAACAUCGGGGGCACGUACGUUGCACCGGUGCUUGUUCCGACCGAAGUGGCGAUUAUGGGCAUUGGUAAAGUCAGGACUUUGCCUGUCUUCGAUGACGCGGGGCAGGUCACCAAAGGCGAACUCGUCAACUUCAGCUGGAGUGCUGAUCAUCGUGUGGUGGAUGGCGCGACUAUGGCCCGGAUGGCUAACAGAGUCCGUGAGCUGGUGGAGAACCCGGAACAGAUGCUGUUGAGCCUGCGGUAGCCGUGGUCGAGAUGUAAUUCCUGG